AUGAGGUACAUUGCUUGGGCCGACAGGCAGGUCAUCGCGGCGUUUCCUUUUUCAGAAGAAAACCUAUGUGCUUUUGCUUGUGAAUGCGAGGGCAAAUGUGCACCCAGCUUCCUCAAGAGCUUGAUGAGCAGUAUCAGUUUUUGCUUUCACAUCCUCGGAGCCGGCAGUGCUCAGGAGGCCACGAACAGCAAGCGCUUGGUGGGGGUGGCAAAGGCUUGUUAUCUCACCAAGCGAAAGAGGUUUCAGCGGCCCCCGCUUACCACGGAGAUGGUGCUUCGUCUUGAGAGGUUGGUCGUUUCUUCCAGUGGUGACAAUGUUGAUCGGUUCAUAGCAGGAUUUUUCUUGCUGUCAGUGUAUAUGCGGGGUCGUUAUUCCGACACACAGAACAUGUGCAAUAUUUUCGAGGAUCGCCCCAGUCCUGAUCCCACUGGUCUUGGAGGAUAUCUGCAAGCCGAUGUGGCUAGGCAUGGAUUGUCAGAUGAGGAUUGGUUCACUGCUUGGUCACAGGUCCGCAAGGAUCUUAAGGUCAUUGGGCUGGUCACCCGCCUAGUGCGUCGGUGGCGGCAGGCUGGCUCCGCAGCCUCCUUAGGCGACAGGAAGCUGGAGUUCGCUCCAGACAACACACGGUCGGGAUAUUUUCCUACUGUGGACGAUGUUGAUGCUGGUUAUGACGUUGAGGGAUCGGGCUCAGAGGCUUCGCUUGAUGAGGAGGAGGACGAAGCCGAUUGUGAGCA